ACGCAGAACUACUGCCGCUGGUGAUGUUGCGAUGCGUUUGCAACGGCGAUGCUGCCGUACCAGCUCGGGGCCGUGGAGAAUUGGCUGCGAUCUCGCGCCUGCCUCGUUGUCCUCGGCAGGGGUCUUGGCACUCAGAAGGUGCUUCUGGAGGCUUUCAGACGAGCCCUGGCAGCUGGACAAACGGAUGGUCAGCAUUCCCAGCGCGUGCUCGUGCUCCUAAACACUCCGCAGGAAGAGGCAGAGCUGUUGGCAAAGCGAGCGUCUGCGGAUCCUCUUUGGUCAGGACUGCGGGCCAACUUGACUGUUAUAGGGCCAGAUUUCAGCGUGGAAGACCGAGCGAACGCUUUUGCUCGCGGAGGGGCCUUCAUCGCGAAUGCGCGCAUUCUGGUUCCUGACUUGCUUUCGGGACGGGUGCUGCCUGAAACAAUCGAUGGGAUUUUUGUGAAUCAUGCGCACGGCGUGGCUGAGCUAUCUGCAGAUGCUUUCGUGCUGCGGCUGUUCCGCUUGAAGAACCAACGUGGCUUUGUGCGCGCCAUCUCCGACAUGCCGGAUGCCUUUGCGCGGGGCCAGGGUCAACUUGAGAAAGUGAUGCAGCGGUGUUUCAUCAACGAUCUGGAGAUUUGGCCCCGUAUUCGCAAAGAGGUUCAGGACUGUUUGUCGCAUGACUUCCAGCCAGAGGUUCGGCAGAUCAAUCUGGAGCUCCCGCGCCAGGUGCAGCAAAUUCAGCGCCACAUCUUGAACAUCGUACAAGGUACGCUGGGAGAGUUGAAGAAGGACCCCAACCUGGAACUCAACUUCCAGGUGCGCGACUCAGUGGCCGCAGCCUUCGAAGCAGAGCUGCGUCAGAUCCUGGACCCGGCCUGGCAGAACCUGGGGCCCCAGGCGCGUCGUCUGGUGGGGGAUUUGGGGGCCGUGCGGCGGCUGCUGACGGAGCUGCUGCGCGGCGAUGCCGUGGAGUUCCUGCGGCUCCUGGAGAAUCUCUGCGAUGCCUCCCCCGUGUGGCUCCACAGCCCCGACGCCCAGGCUCUGCUGGCGUUGGCCAAGGACCGGGUUUACGAGGUCCAGAGCGGGCGUUGUGUGCGGAAGCUGGAGCCACAUGCCAAGUGGGCGAAGGUGUUGGAAGCCGUGGAUCAGACAUUGUCCGAUGUAAUCCAGCAGCCAGUUGCGCCGCCGAUUGAGCUAAAAGCCGAGCCGGUGUCGGUGGAGGUGCCUGGGCUGGGCUCUGACGACAGCGACCUGGAGAUGGUGGCGGUGCAUCGUGUCACCAAGAAGCCCCGGACGGAGCCAACGGAUGGAGUGCUUGAGCCGCGGGUGCUGGUCAUCGCCCCGGAGGACAGGUCACGGCUGCAGGUCUCUGCGCUGCUGCACCGCGGCGUGGAGGCCGCGUUGCUGGACCGUCUGGGCGCGUAUCUGCGGGACAGGGGCAAAAGGGAUCGCGAUGGCCUGGUAGCGCGGGAGGCGGAGGCGGUGGCGCAGGAGCUGCAGCAGCUGCAGCCGCGGAGCUCGCUGCAGAUGCGCGAGGUGGCGGGCCGUUUGUGCCACCCCCGGGUCGACGUGGCGGAGCCGGACUCGGAGCUGGAGGCGCGGCUGGAGGAGAUGCAGCCGCACACUGUGGUGGUGUUGGAGCCCAGCCUCCAAGCCAUCCGCACCCUGGAGGUCUAUUGCGCCAACCUCGGCCGGAAGCUGAACCAGCUGAAGACGGUGAAGCUGGAGCCUGGUGCGCAGGCGCCGACUCCGCGGCUGCAGGUCUAUUUGCUGGCCUUCGAGGAUUCCAUCGAGAAAUAUCGCUACCAGCAGAGUCUGCUUCAAGAGAGCCAGGCAGUGGACUCCAUCAUCCGCUUCCGGCAGCACGUGACCUGGAAGGUGGACCCGCCCACGGAGGUCGCACCUCCAGAGCCCUCCUCCAGGCGUGGCGGUGGAGCACGCGCCCUGCAAGCCAUGGUGAAGCCGCGGGUCGUGGUUGACAUGCGCGAGUUUCGCUCCACCCUGCCCUUCAUGCUGCACCUCCGCGGCUUGGCGGUGGAGCCAGUCACUAUCCCGGUGGGUGACUACGUGCUCUCUCGUGACAUAUGCGUGGAACGGAAAGCUAUCAUCGACUUGGUGCAGUCCCUAGCCAGCGGACGGCUGUACCAGCAAGCGCAGAACUUGUGCCAGUACUAUUCCAACCCACUGCUGCUGGUGGAGUUUGACCCGGCCAAAGGCUUUGUUCUGCAGAGCAGCUACCAGAUUGCGCGAAGGGAGAUCGAGGUGGGCACCCGGGAUUUGCUGGGCAAACUGUCCCUCCUAGUGCUUCACUUCCCAAAGCUGCGGUUGAUGUGGAGCCCCUCUCCCCGCUUCACAGCAGACGUCUACUUGAAGCUUAAGGAGGGCAGGUACCAGCCUGACUCGAAGGCGGCAGCCCAGAUCGACGCUGAGGAGGCUGACGUGCCUCACUCCAACACGGCGGCCUUCGACGUGCUGCGGAAGCUGCCUGGGGUGACACCCCGAAACAUGCACGCCCUGGCGAGGAAGGCCGGCACACUGGCGGCCAUUCCUGACCUGUCACUGGAGGAGCUCGCGGAGGUCAUGGGAAAGCCCAACGCGGAGCAGCUUCACAGCUUCGUGCACGCCAGCCACCUGCCAGCCGCCACCCAGGAUCGAGGCCCAGAGAUCCCGGAGCACACGGCCGAGUAAGGCAAGUGUCGGGGGACUUCGCGGACGCCGCUUUGGCACAGCGCAUUGUGCUGAGACAAUGCGCCAGAGCGGAUCGGCCUCGGCAGAGGUGUGAAGCACAGUGGGAGCCUGCUUUGGCCAGGC